CAAUGCCCCGCGCGCAGCCAAGAUGGAAGAACCGGGGAGCAGCGAGAGAACAAUGUUUUUCCUCUAGAUUUGGGGGGGAAACGGAGCAAAAAAUGGACAGCCGGACUCGGACUCGUGGUCAAGAGGCCGGACUCGAACUCGGUGCAAAAAUCCGACCGAGUCCACAGCCCUGAGAAAUUUCACUCAAGUGGUACUUAUUGGACGUAGAGUUGAGCGUGAAGAAAAAGGCCAGGUUGGUUUUAUUGCCGUCCGUCAAAAGUCGCAGCAUUGUGCUGUCUGUGUCACAUGAUCCGGAAGCAUUUGUGGUGUUGGGUUCAAGGUUGACGACAUGCACUGUCUGGUUUGAGGAGGUGGAGUUGAAGCUGAUGUUGAGCUGAAGGCCCAUGUACGCCAGCAAGCAGACACUGCUAUUGGUGCCGACCACCCGGUAGUGCCCUGUCACUGGUCUACCAGGCUCUUUGUGCGGCGCCUUGGUGCUGGAUGGUGCCACGAUGGCCAAACCCUGGUGCACAGUUACAGCGGCUAUAAUAGAAUGCAGGGUAAAUGUCAGCCACCGUGUCUGCACACCACCAGUGGUCGUCAUGGAUUUGGAUCAUAUGAUGGCGCUGCGCAUGGCAGCCACGACUGUUUGUCGGAGAUUCUAGCCGGAGCGGCGGUGCUGUACAAGCUAGCGCGACGACGGCGGCGCGGAAAACGAGCUGGAGCACUCAAACACUUUUCAUUAACUGCCGGCCGUACUAUUCACCGCGGGAGUUCUCCUCGAUCGUCAUGGCGGCUGUUUACAUCCCACCACACGCACGGGCGAGUGAAGCCACGCAGAUGCUGGCUGACCAGGGCGAACCUCGCACACGAACUUCCGAAAUACAGACAGCACGUAACGUGUCCCACCAGAGGGGCACAGACUCUGGACCACUGCUACACCGUGAUCAAGGAUGCAUACCACUCUGCGGCUCGUGCAGCUUUAGGACUCUCGGAUCACUGUCUAGUUCAUCUGUUCCCGGCCUACAGGCAGAAAAUAAAAACUUCUAAGCCUGUGGUGAGGAUUGUGAGGAGGUGGACAGUGGAGUCAAGCCAGGACCUCCAAGCCUGCUUUGACUGCACCGAUUGGGGAGCUUUCGAAGCUGCAACUUCAGACUUGCAUGAACUCACUGACACUGUCACAUCAUACAUAAGUUUUUGUGAGGAUCUGUGUGUGCAGACUAAGACCUUCUGCACGUACAACAACGACAAACCUUGGUUUACACCGAACCUCAGGAGGCUGCGCAAGGUCAAGGAGGAGGCCUACAGGAGCGGCGACCGCGCCCUGUUCAGGCAGACCAGAAACACACUGAACCAAGAGGUCAGGAAAGCCAGGUGUUACGGGGAGAACCUGAAGAGACACCUCUCUGCCAAUCCUGAUCCCUCAACAGUGUGGAAAGGUCUGCAGAGCAUCACAGGCUACAAGAAACGAACCCCCCACCCUGUGGAGAGCCCAAGGCUUGCUAACCAGCUAAACAGGGGCCGCGCCCGCACUCCAGGUCCGCGAGGAGGAAGUGCGCCAGAUGUUCCGGAGACAAAAGACCAGGACGGUGUGUCACCUUCCUGCUUGAAAGUCUGCGCUGAGCAGCUGGCGCCCACCUUCAACCGUUCUCUGGAGCUGUGUGAGGUGCCCUCGUGCUUCAAGAGCUCCACCAUCGUUCCAGUGGCCAAGAAGGCCGCCAUCACAGGUUUGAAUGACUGUAGACCCGUCGCACUGGCAUCUGUGGUCAUGAAAUCUUUUGAGAGGUUAGUGCUGAACCACCUGAAGGAGGUCACGGGCCCCCUGCCUGACCCCGUCCAGUUUGCCUACCGGGCAAACAGGUCAGUGGAUGAUGCGGUCAACAUGGGACUGCACUACAUCCUGCACCACCUGGACACCCCAGGAACGUACGCCAGGAUCAUGUUCGUAGACUUCAGCUUGGCGUUCAACACCAUCGCUCCUGACAUCCUCCAACAGAAGCUCAUCCAGCUUGCGGUGCCUGCCUCCACCUGUCAGUGGAUCACCAGCUUCCUGACCAACAGGAGACAGCGUGUCAGGCUGGGGGGCAUCUCAUCUGACACCCGGACCACCAAUACUGGAGCCCCUCAGGGGUGACUCUCCUGUGAGGCUCCUGAAGUAUGCAGAUGACACCACUCUCAAUCGGACUGAUCCAGGACGGUGAUGAGAUUGCGUACAGACAGGAGGUGGAGCUGCUGGUCCACUGGUGUAGCCAAAACCCUCUGGAGCUGAACCCGCUCAAGACCGUGGAGAGGACAGUGGAUUUCAGACACCUUCAAGUUCCUGGGAACUACUAUCUCUCGGGACCUGAAAUGGACCGGUCACAUAGACUCUGUCCGGAAGAAGGCCCAGCAGAGGCUGUACUUCCUGAGACAGCUCAAGAAGUUCAACCUGCCGCGAGAGCUUCUGAAGACCUUCUACACUGCCAUCAUCCAGUCUGUCCUCUGCACCUCCAUCACUGUCUGGUUUGGAUCGGCCUCCAAACAAGACAAGCACAGACUGCAACGGACAAUCAGGACUGCAGAAAAGAUCAUUGGAAUCAACCUCCCUGUCCAGGACCAGGAAACGUGCAAGGAACAUGUCUACAGACCCUUCUCACCCAGGUUGCAGUCUGUUUGAACUACUCCCCUCCGGACGGCGUUAUAGAGCUCGGUACGCCAAAACCAGCAGACACAGAGACAGCUUCUUCCCCCAGGCAGUUGCUCUGAUGAACUCACACCACUCAUAGAAUCUCAGAGUCAUUACUGGGCAAUAACAUCCUGCUCUUCACAGCUUUUUAAUUUGUCUACACUGUUUUUGCCAUUUUUCACAUGUCCUGAGUGUUGUUAGUGACCUAAAUGUUGAACAGAGGGUGUGUUUUAUCGAAGUCAAAUUCCUUGUUUGGCAUGCUCAAACAUGGCGAAUAAAAACUCUUGAAUCUUGAA